AUGGAUUCUCGGUCCCCAUCGCCGACUCGCCAGCGUUAUGCUCGUUCGGUCACACCGCGCUCACGACACAGCCGUUCGCCCUCACCAGUCCGUCGCCGCCGCUCCCCCAGCCGAUCUGCCACCCCUCCGAGUCGUCGCAACAACAACGGGAGACUUCGCAGUGAGAGCAGGAGCAGAAGCAUAAGUCGCACUCGCACCCGCACUCGGAGCCGGAGUCGCGACCGCGAGAGUCGCCCCAGAAGCGAGAGCCCCCUGAGGGGAAGCACCAAGAUCGUAGUUGAGAAGUUGACUAAGAACAUCAACGAGGAUCAUCUACGGGAAAUAUUUGGUCAAUACGGAAGCAUCAGAGAUCUUGAUUUGCCCAUGAACCGACAAUUCAACACAAACCGAGGCACUGCAUACAUUCUCUACGUCCGCGAGGCCGAUGCCGAGGCGGCUAUUGCCCACAUGCACGAAGCUCAGCUGGAUGGCGCCGUCAUCAACGUCUCCAUCGUUUUACCCCGUCGCAAGUUCUCAGAAUCUCCCCCUACAGCGACCCGGGGAGCCAACAUAGACCCCCGCGUUCCCGCUCCCGGCCCCAGGGGAGGACUUGGGGGAGGAAGAGGGCCGCGAGGCGGUGGCUUCGGUGGUCCCUCGUUUGGGGGAGGACCCUCAGGCGGCCGUGCUCGCUCUCCUCGCUUUGGCGGCGGUGCACGUGGUGGAGGAAGAGGCCGUGAAAACAAUUAUCGUCCCGGCUCGCGUUCCCCCUCCAACUCACGUUCCAGAUCCCCUCCGCCUCGUCGCGGCCGCUCCCCCUCAGAUGACUCGAGAUCGAGAUCACCUGCCCCGAGAAGAAGAGGUGGUGGCCGUGGUGGACGUAGGGACAGCUUAGACGAUGAUCGUGACGCUCGAAGACGUAGCCCCAGCUACGACAGCUACCGCAGCCACUCGAGAAGUCGUGGCCGCGGUGGCCGCUGA